UGUCACACUCUGGUUAGCUGAAGCUGUGAAAUUGUUCUAGGGUUUACUGAAACAACGGAUCCUCCUCAAUCAAUCAGCACCGAAGAAAACUGGAAGGCGAAUCCGAUGGAGCUCUCUGAGGAGAUUCGAUCUACCGGUUCGAAGAAGCGCAAGGCGGAGGAUGAUGGUGGCUCACCGCAGUCCCCGCUGGAUGAUGAUGAUGACAUGAUGGAGUACGACGAAGAAGAAGGUGGUGGUGAUGGGGAGGCUAGCGACGUGUCUAGCCGAGAGGAGGGCCAAGAAUGGGACGUCGAUAGCUUCGACGAUGGAUUCGAUUACAGACCCAAAAGGAAUCUGGAUCCCAACGAUGAGUUAGGUCAAAAGAUGCAUCGUUAUAGAUCGCAGAUGUACCGCAGCAAGGGUUUCGAGGUGGAUAGAGAAAACGACCCUGGGAAUGUGGCGUACCGGCCACUCGGUCCAAUUUAUCUUGAUAAACCAUUUAGGAAUACUAAGGCCGUGAGUUCAUGCAGAACAUGGUGGAUUUGUCUCUAGAAAGAUACAACAGAAUCAAGGGUUUCUACGUGGAUGGAGAAUGCUACUCUGGGAUAAUGCUCUAUUUCUCUCCUGUUGAUCUUGAUAAGAUUGAUGUUGCUACCGAGGUUAUGAGUUUAUGAUGAACAAGGAAACUGAUCGUGGAGAGGAGAAACCUAUGUAUUAUUAAAUUUGUCUUACAUUUUUAAUGUAUUAAAUUAUGAAUUUGUCUUGAACGGUGAAACCCAGUUUAGGGUAAGAGUGGGAUAAAUUUGCUACUUUAAUCGGAUUUGAAGGGAAACUGAUGUUUAUGAAA